ACGUCAAAGAAGAAGAAGAAAAAGACCAAGUCAGAAAAUGGCAGAGUGAAAACGGCGACAAUUUUGCCCCGCGUGAAAUCAUUUUGAAACGUCAUAUUUUGAAAUAAAAUAAUGUUUAAAAAGGCGAAACGAGCGAACUUCCGACGGAGGAAUGAGUCGGACGAAGAGGAGCUGGAAGAGAAUAAUGUGCAAUUGUUUGGGCCUGUUGUGGAGGAGAUCCCGUUUAUGGAGACGAAUAGCAGUAGCGCGUUAGCCGCUAGCAGCGCGGACAGCAGCCAGAGUAACGGCCUUCAGACAAAUGUGUGCGGUGUGAAAAAUGUCAAGAAAGAAAAGAAAGGCAAAGAAAUUCCUCCGGCUGGACCCACUAAAGUUAGUCUGCUGAGUUUCGACGAUGACGAAGAGGGAUCUGAGGUGUUCAGAGUGAGAGAAAUCUAUCACAGCAAGAAAAUUGUCAAACAGCUGAAGAAAGAGUACAAGGAGGAUCUGGAGCGCUCUGGUGUCAAACAGGACAUCAGAUCAGACACUCUGCUUCAACCCUUGAUCACCAUUAAAGAAGAAGUUGUUAGUAGAGCUGGAAGUGAACACGGUGAAGAAGAAAUGGAAGUGGACAGUGUUGAUGAGCAGGACGAAGAGCCAAAGAGUCAAGGUGGACUGGCAAGCAGUCAAGUCUCCAGGAACAGCAGCACUGCAGGAACCUUCAACACCCUCUCCUCCCUCAGCAGCCUAAGACCUGGUGAAAUCCCUGAUGCAGCAUUCAUCCAUGCUGCCAGAAAGCGCCGACAAAUGGCCCGAGAGCAGGGGGUUGAACCUCCCCCGGUUGAGAUUGAGACCCCCAAGAAACGACUGGUAGGAGAAGACCAAGAUGGCAGCGACGAUGAAGAUGAAGAAGAGAAGAGGAUUCGCUUCAGUGGAGUCAGAAAUAAAACCCAGCGCCAGAAGAUAGCUGAGGAGAUAGGUAUAGAGGGCAGUGAUGAUGAAGCCUUGGAUGCAGGCCAGGAUGAGGAGGUGAGCCGGUGGGAACAGGAGCAGAUCAGAAAAGGAAUCAGCAUACCACAGGUCCAAAGCAGCCAGCCUGAGGAAAAUGCUGUCUACUACCAGAACAGCUACGAGAGCCAUCCGUACGGCUCUUCUUACAACAUGCCUUUCACUUACAGUGCUGUGGCCUCACAGGGUGUCAAGCCAAUUGGCCAAGCAGACAAUGGCUCCGUCCACUAUGGGGCCCCCAGUGGUGACCUAAGCCCGGUAUCCAUUGAUUUGGUAAAGAAACGCCUGCAGGAUAGGCUCACACAAAUGCAGGCAGGCUAUGAUGCAAACAGACAGCGCUACAAACAGAUUCAAGAAGAUUUGGCUACUUCUGAGAGCACCAUACAUCAACUCGAGGGCUCAUCCAAUGAUAAUGCAGAUCAAUAUAAAUUCUUGCAAGAGAUGCGAGGGUAUGUUGGAGACUUGCUUGAGUGUUUCAAUGAAAAGGUGCCUGCUGUCCAGGAGCUGGAGGCUGCCAUGCACCAGUUACUAAGGCAACGGGCCUCCCGACUCGUCCAGAGAAGACAGGAUGAUAUUAAAGAUGAAUCGGCGGAGUUUGCAAGCCUUUCAAAUAAAGCUGUUAUGGCUCCAAAUCUAGACUCAUUUGGUCGAGACCGUGCAACCUACCAGGAGCAUAGUCGUCAAAGGAGGAUAGCAGAGAGAGAGGCACGGCGAACUCGGCGGCGUCAAGCUCGGGAGCAGAAUGGAAGGAUAGCCGAACACAAUGAAGGCUUGUCAUCCGACGAUGAAGAGACCACCACCAACAUCACCAGCUUCAACACGGAGAAAGAUCGGAUCAUCAGGGAAUCUAAGAAGGUAUUUGAAGAUGUGCUGGAGGACUUUCAUUCUCUUGACUGCAUCAAAUCCCGCUUUGAAGUGUGGAGGAGUUGCUAUGCUGACUGUUACAGGGAAGCGUACAUAGGGCUCUGUUUGCCAAAGCUCUUUAACCCACUAGUCCGUCUGCAGCUUAUUACAUGGAACCCUCUGGAGGAGGAGUGUGCAAACUUUGAGUAUAUGCUCUGGUUUGAGUCGCUAUUAUUUUAUGGCUAUGAGGAGCACAGCGCUUUGCAGAAAGAUGAUGUUGAUCUCGGUUUGCUACCUGCAAUUGUGGAGAAAGUGCUACUUACUAAAAUGGCUGUGUUGGCAGAGCACGUGUGGGACCCGCUGUCCAGCAGCCAGACAGUGAGGCUGGUUGCCUUCAUUCACAGAUUGAUUAAAGCUUAUCCAACUGUGUUGCAUGGGGACAACCAAUACACAGAGGUGCUAUUAAAGACAGUUGUAUUACGGAUUCGGCGGACUCUGGAUGAAGACAUCUUCCUACCACUUUAUCCCAAAAAUGUGAUGGAGAAUAAAAAUGGUGGCCCCUAUUUGUUCUACCAGAGACAGUUUUGGUCCUGUGUGAAGCUGCUAGGUAAUAUUCUGCAGUGGGAAAGUAUCCUGUCUGGUUCAUGCCUGAGGGAUCUGGGUUUAGACAGUACCCUUAAUAGAUACAUCCUCUCUGCGCUGCAGACCACAGAUCCAGGAGAGGAAAACUUCCACAAGUGUCGUAAGGUUGCAGAACUUUUCCCAGCACAGUGGUUUGCUGGACUAAAGGGCCAGCACACUUUGCCUCAGUUGGAACCAUUCUGUCGCUACCUCGCCCACUUGGCCAACUCGUUGCACCGCAGCACUUUGGGAGCCUCUGAUCUUGAACGGCGUACUGCCAAGGAGCAAAUCAAAGAGCUUGUCCAGCUGCUGGGCCGCAUGAACGCCCUGGACCACAUCAUUGCUGUGGCAGAAGAACAUGGCGUCAAAGACAUCAAAACACUUCUGGAGGCAAAGUCGUAAACAAAAUCAAUACAGUGGAAUUUUAUCUUAUUGUUUUUGAAAAACAGGAGGUGGGCAACAUAACCCCCUUUUGUAAAUAUUGUGAAUAAUGUAUAUUGUAUGGAAAGGUGUUGAUAUACUUGUCAGCAGUGAUGCUCAAGCAACUUCUUGUAUUUCGAGCUGAAAAAGACUCUGUGCUCAAAUCUAAACAUUUGUUACUGUUGGCUUUUACUUGAAUUCCCCUAACCAUGAAUCCCCCACCCCCACCCUUUCUGUUCAACUGUCAGCAGAACAGCUGAUCCAUCUAUAUUUCUCACCAUGCUCUUUAAAUUUAUGUGCCAUCAGAUGUUUCCAGUUUUCUAAAGGAACAAUGGGAAUUGCUCACUGGUAAAGACUGAAGCUGAUUCAGUAUCUGAAGAUGGCAUGUCGUUGGUCUCUGAUCACCACUUGAUCCUUUUGCCUGUCUUGCCCAUUUAGAGCUUUGUAUUCAAAUUUUCACAGUUGGUAUUUUAUUUGGAAGUGAAUAAAUGGAAAAUUGAAAAGUAA